CCUGACUACGUGGCAUGGUAUAAACAAGCUGUCAUACCUGGUGUGGUUUUUGCAUGUGAGAAGAGUCCCUUGGUUAAUCUCCAGCAGCAUGAGCGGGGCAAAAGGAAAGUCGAGGCCUGAUCACGGCGACGUUCUGAAAUUUGACCAUGGACCAAAGAGUUUCAAAACCUCCUUGGGUGGACAACAGAUCAGUCACUACGGUAUCUACAAUAAGGAAGACGACAAAGUCAUCCACAAGACUGGGCCAAAAAGGACACAUCUAUCGUCUGGCUCUGGAAAGUCCAACAAAUCAGAGGUUAAGAGUGAAAGCUAUGCCAGGGUGGCAGGGCGUUAUGACAGCGUCACUAUUCACAACCGGCCACAGGAGAGCCGUUACUCGGCAGAGAGGGUGGUGCAGAAUGCAGAGGCCCGAGAAGGUGAAACCAGUUACAACCUGGUGUCUGACAACUGUGAAACCUUCGCAAGGGAGUGCGAGACCGGGAAAAAAGAGAGUGAUCAGGUGAGGAAGGUGGGCAUGGCUCUGGUGAACGCUUAUACUGGAGGGUCUGCCUAAAUACCUCAACCAACCUCAGA